UAAAUUGCAGUGCGGAGGUAUUUUUAUUCCUCUAUCUGUUGGCGUUACACAGGUUACAACUGUACUGUACAAGAAGCUUUACGGUAGGACGAUGAUCUCGCCUGCCACCACAAACUUGCAACACCGCAAGGAAACAGCGCGCGGCGUCGUCUCCUAGGGCCGCCCGGCGACUCGCGCGCUCGUGUCCAACCGGCGAGCAUCAGAAGCUACACCCGAGGAACCAACUGCCUUUUUAUCGAACCCAGCAGCACCUCUGGGCUCUUUAGCCUGCGCUUCCUACGCGAUCCAGCGUGCGUGCGGGCAUGGCCGACUUCUCCUUCUCCCGCUCCGGCCCACAGGCCCAAGGCCGGCGCCGGCGCGGCCCAUACCCGACCCCGGACAGCUCCACCUCCUUCGCCGGCGGGGGCCCGCGCGGGCAGCGGCGCACGCGGGGUGUCGUCGAUGACAUGUCGUGGCAGAGCUCCGUGUCCUGGCAGCCGGACACGUCGUGGGCGCAGCCGCACGGCCUCGGCGCCGCCGUCGGCCCAUGGGGCUUAGCCGGGCCGGACGCCGCGGCCCGCCGCGGCCCGGCCCUGUUCCAGAGGACGGCGCGGGACUACUACCUGUCGCGCCGCUCCGGCGUCCGGCCCCGCCGCCGCCACGACCUCUCCUCGUCCUCGGUGGCCCACCGGCCAGCCGGCGCCGGCGCCGGCAAGCGGCUGGAGCUGCAGAGCGUGGUGACGGACGCGAGCAAGGCCAUCGUCGUGGCGCCCGACGUGUCCUUCGCCAGCAGUCACGGCGACGAGAGCGUGUCCGUCGCCCCUGUCCGCGACAUGGUGAGGUACGGCCCCACCAGCACCGCCGGGGCCCGCACGCCGGUCUCCCGCGAGGUCUCCUUCUCCCGCGACAACCACAACAAGCUCUACGUCACCUCUGCACAACCCGCUCGCCAGGACUUGCCCAGCUUCGGCUACGACGUCAGCGUCACGUCGUACAACAGCCGGAGCCAGUACUACGGCGACGAGGACGACGACGGCGGCGGCGUCGGACAGUACGACUUCGACGACGAGGACGACGGCGAGGUCGAGCUGAGGGCCGGGAAGGCGGUCAGCGUCACCGGGCUCUUCAAGUACUCGACGCCUCUGGACAUUGUGCUCCUCGUGCUCGGGUGCGUCGGCGCCAUGAUCAACGGCGGCUCGCUGCCCUGGUACUCGUACCUCUUCGGGAACUUUGUCAACAAGAUCGUCACUUCCGACAAGACGCAGAUGAUGAAGGACGUCAGGCAGAUCAGCGUUUACAUGGUGAUCCUGGCCGUAAUUGUCGUCAUAGGAGCAUACCUUGAGAUCAUGUGCUGGAGGAUCGUGGCCGAGAGAUCGGCUCUGCGGGUUCGACGAGAGUACCUGAAGGCGGUGCUGCGUCAGGAAAUCGGGUUCUUCGACACGGAAGUGAGCACCGGCGAGGUGAUGCAGAGCAUCUCCAGCGACGUUGCUCAGAUCCAGGAAGUCAUGGGAGACAAGAUGGCAGGGUUCGUGCAUCACGUUUUCACCUUCAUAUUUGGGUACGUGGUCGGGUUCAAAACGUCAUGGAGGAUCACUCUCGCCGUCCUCGCCGUGACGCCCCUCAUGAUGGCCUGCGGCCUCGCCUACAAGGCCAUAUACGGCGGCCUCACCGCCAAGGAAGAGGCAUCGUACCAACGCGCGGGCAACGUGGCGCAGCAGGCGAUCAGCUCGAUCCGGACGGUGCUGUCGUUCGUGAUGGAGGACCGGCUGGCGGACAAGUACGCCGACUGGCUUCAGAGGUCGUCGCCGAUCGGCGUGAAGAUGGGGUUCGCCAAGGGCGCCGGCAUGGGGAUGAUCUACCUGGUGACAUACUCCCAGUGGGCGCUGGCGCUGUGGUACGGCGCCAAGCUUGUGGCCCAGGGCGAGAUCAAGGGCGGCGACGCCAUCGCGUGCUUCUUCGGCGUCAUGGUCGGGGGCCGUGGCCUGGCGCUGUCGCUGUCCUACUCGGCGCAGUUCGCGCAGGGCACGGCGGCGGCCGGGCGGGUGUUCGAGAUCAUCGACCGCGCCCCGGAGAUCGACCCCUACGGCACGGCCGGGCGGGCGCUGUCCUCGGUCAGGGGCCGGAUCGAGUUCAAGGACGUGGAGUUCGCGUACCCGUCGCGCCCGGACUCGCUCAUCCUCUACAACCUCAACCUCACCGUGCCCGCGGCCAAGAUGCUGGCGCUCGUCGGCGUCAGCGGCGGCGGCAAGUCCACCGUGUUCGCGCUCAUCGAGAGGUUCUAUGAUCCCACGAGAGGGACGAUCACGUUGGACGGGCAGGAGCUCGGGUCGCUGAACCUCAAGUGGCUGAGGUCCCAGAUCGGGCUGGUCGGGCAGGAACCCAUCCUGUUCGCCACUUCCAUCAUCGAGAACGUGAUGAUGGGCAAGGAGAAUGCGACGAGGCAAGAGGCCGUCGCGGCCUGCACCAAGGCCAAUGCCCACACCUUCGUCCUCGGACUCCCCGACGGCUACGACACGCAGGUUGGGGACCGUGGGACCCAGAUGUCGGGGGGCCAGAAGCAGAGGAUCGCUCUGGCGCGCGCCAUCAUCCGCGAGCCGCGCAUCCUGCUGCUGGACGAGCCCACCAGCGCGCUGGACGCCGAGUCCGAGGCCGUCGUGCAGCAGUCCAUCGACCGCCUCUCCGUCGGCCGCACCGUCCUCGUCAUCGCCCACCGCCUCGCCACCGUCCGCAACGCCGACACCAUCGCAGUCCUUGACCGCGGCGCCGUCGUCGAGUCCGGCCGCCACGCCGACCUCAUGACCCGCAACGGCCCCUACGCCGGCCUCGUCAAGCUGGCCUCCAACAGCGGCAGGACUGAGUCCGACAAACCCGACGCCGCUACACCCGGCAGGGGGACGUACAACAACAACAGCUUCACCGACGACUCCGGUUAUGACGUGUCGGUGUCCAAGUCCAAGUAUGCCGGCAUUCGCACCAUACACGAAGAGGAGGCGGAGACGAAGGACAACGACAAGGCGAAGGACACAAGGUUCAGAAUCUCGGAGAUAUGGGAGCUGCAGCGCCGGGAAGGCCCGCUGCUGAUCCUGGGGUUCCUGAUGGGCAUCAACGCCGGCGCGGUGUUCUCGGUGUUCCCGCUGCUGCUGGGCCAGGCCGUCCAGGUGUACUUCGACCCGGACACGGAGAAGAUGCGGCGGCAGGUCGGGUACCUGGCGCUCGCCGUCGUGGGUCUCGGCGUGGCGUGCAUCCUGACCAUGACCGGGCAGCAAGGGUUCUGCGGCUGGGCGGGCGCCCGGCUCACCAUGCGCGUCCGCGACCGCCUCUUCCGCGCCAUCAUGCGGCAGGAGCCCGCGUGGUUCGACGAGGACGACAACGCCAUGGGCGUCCUGGUCACGCGCCUCGCGCGGGACGCCGUCGCGUUCCGCUCCAUGUUCGGCGACCGGUACGCCGUGCUCCUCAUGGCCGUGGGCUCCGCCGGCGUCGGCCUCGGCAUCUGCUUCGGGCUCGACGUGCGCCUAACUCUCGUGGCCAUGGCUUGCACACCUCUGACGCUCGGUGCCAGCUACCUCAACCUGCUCAUCAACCUGGGCGCCAGGUCAGACGACGGGGCCUACGCGCGGGCCAGCAGCAUCGCAGCCGGUGCCGUGUCGAACGUGCGCACCGUGGCGGCGCUCUGCGCGCAGGGCGGCAUCGUCGGCACGUUCAACCGAGCGCUGGACGGCCCCUCGGCCAAGGCCCAGCGGAGGUCGCAGUACAUGGGCCUCAUCCUGGGGAUCUCCCAGGGCGCCAUGUACGGCGCCUACACGGUGACGCUCUGGGCGGGCGCCUACUUCAUCAAGAAAGGCCAGUCAAGCUUCGGCGACGUGUCCAAGAUCUUCCUCAUCCUGGUCCUCAGCUCCUUCUCCGUGGGCCAGCUUGCGGGGCUCGCCCCGGACACGUCAGGCGCGCCGACGGCCAUCGCCGGCAUACUGGCCAUCCUGAAGCGCCGGCCGGCGAUCAGCGAGGAAGGCAGCAAGCGGCGGGCGAUCAAGGAAGGGAAGCCCAUGGACGUGGAGCUGAGGAAAGUGGUCUUCGCGUACCCGUCGCGGCCGGAAAUCACGGUGCUCAACGACUUCUCGCUGCGCGUCAAGUCCGGGAGCACGGUGGCGCUUGUCGGAGCCAGCGGGAGCGGCAAGUCCACGGUGGUGUGGCUGGUACAGCGGUUCUAUGAUCCCCUCGGGGGAACCGUCAUGGUCGGCGGGCUGGACGUGCGCGACCUGGACCUCAAGUGGCUCAGGGGGGAAUGCGCGUUGGUGGGCCAGGAGCCGGCGCUGUUCAGUGGGUCCAUCAGAGAAAACAUCGGGUUCGGCAACCCAAAGGCCUCGUGGGCCGAAAUCGAGGAUGCUGCCAAGGAGGCCAACAUCCACAAGUUCAUCGCUGGACUUCCCCAAGGCUACGACACGCAGGUUGGAGAGAGUGGGGUGCAGUUGUCAGGGGGCCAGAAGCAGAGGAUCGCCAUCGCGCGCGCAAUCCUGAAGGGGUCGAGGAUACUGCUGCUGGACGAGGCGAGCAGCGCGCUGGACCUGGAGUCUGAGAAGCACGUGCAGGAGGCGCUGCGGCGAGUCUCGCGGCGCGCGACGACGAUCACGGUGGCGCACCGCCUCUCCACGGUCCGCGAGGCCGACCGCAUCGCCGUCGUCAGCGCCGGCAGGACCGUCGAGUUCGGCAGCCACGACGGGCUCCUCGCCAGCCACCGCGACGGCCUCUAUGCCGCCAUGGUCAAGGCCGAGAUCGAGGCCCAGGCGUUCGCGUAGGCCUGAUCGCUUGUGUUCGAUCGGCAGUCUGGACAGUUCUUCUUCUUGCGUUGACGUGUAUUCCUGCCACGAAUUUUUUAUUAAUUAUUAGGAAGUUGAUAAUGUUUUUCGGUAAUGCACUAAGGCUACCUAGACCACUUGAUGAAUAAGUUAUGCAAAAGUAUACGGAAUUAGAUGGGAUGUCUGUGUUGACAUUUUGACAAUAUGUGGAUUCCGUCCAGAGUCCGGACACCUGAUAACGAUACGCAGAAACUGGUCGCUUAGAGAAGUAUAUGAAUGGUUAAAAUUUGACGUACGUAGCAAAUAA